GUUUCUACCCGCUCACAUGGUCCCCCGCCUUCCGCCUCCAUCUGCCGCAACCUGAUUUCAACCUCGCAACAGAUUCAGAACCGGUCAUUAACAAGAUGCAAUUAGGUUUGUCAGAAAGCCUUCCGGCCCUCGUAUCCAAACGCUUCACGGCGGCUAAAGGAUCUGGUCACCUUCUCUUCUCUCAGACACACCUGACCACCAUUCAGACUGCAGGGAUACCGUAUCAACUUCGGUAUUGCCCUGCCCUUGCAAAUAAGCCAUCAGGGGCUCCAAACACUGGAAAGCCCACUACCAAACCCAAAUUCGACCCUUUCCAGGACCCGUCUCCAGAGCUCUUAAUCGCUCAGAUACCCCGAGAGAACCCAACUCAUAUACUAGUCCUCAACAAAUUCCCCGUAAUUCCCAAUCAUUUCAUCUUAGCUACAAAGGAAUGGAGACUUCAAACAGACAUCCUGGAGAGGGAGGACUUGGAUGCGGCUUAUUCUUGCCUCAAAGCAUGGAGUGAGGAGAACAAGGCAAACGGCGCAACCUCCAAGCGGCUUUUCGCCUUUUUCAACUCCGGCAACGAGAGCGGGGCGAGUCAGCCUCAUAGGCAUUUACAGUUCUUACCAGUCGAAGCCAUGUCUCAAAGUGACUCGGGGAGGUGGCAGCCCUUGAUUGAUGCAGUUUCAAGUCAACCAGCAUGCCCCGGUUCUGAAUUCUUGCGAUGGGGUCAGGUACCCUUCGCACAUUUUGCCCUUCCGUUGCCCCCGAACCCCUCUGCCGACACCCUACAUCACAUUUACCUGUCACUGUACAGAGCAGCGUUAGCAGCUGCACAAGGAAGCGUGGAAGGUUCCUCCCCGGCGACCAGUGGUCCAGCUGCUAUCAGCUACAAUCUAGCAAUGACGGAUUCAGUGAUGAUGAUCUGUCCGAGAAGAAAUGAAAGUGCUCAAAUCCCAGUUGACAGUGCAACGUCAGCGGAGGUCUCUGGGGCUGGCAUCGUGGCCUUGAAUGGUACAAUCCUUGCUGGCACACUCAUGGUAAAAGCUGAGGCCGAAUGGGACGAGCUACGUCGUAACCCGGAUUCCCUUAAAGAGAUACUGACGACAAUUGGGUAUCCUCACCCAGAUACGCGCGCACUCUCUCUGCUUUGAAUUCUGUGUCUCGAUCACCCUCAUAACAUUCCUUCUUAACCAGGAGUGCCUUGGGACGAGAAACAUUUAUACGAAGCCAUACAAUGGAGAAGAAACCGUACAGACUUCAGGCCAAUGUCCCACAGUGACUGAAACAGUUGAAAUUACACCAUUAGAAGAGAACGAACGGAGGUAAAACAAAAAGAGUUGGGUAAAGGCUAGCCAAACUAGCCCAAACACAACAGAUACUGC